UGUCGAACUCGAAAGUAAGGAAAGGUCGGUUGGUUUACACUGACGGCUAAAUGGUCCAAUUACCACAGGGAAACGGGUCUCUGCAUCAGAUUGGCGUCCCCUCUACCUAUAGGGUAGGCCCAGGGGCGGUGAGAACCAGCUCCGGAUGUGGGCGCGGCCUGAGGUAGAACUGAGAAAACCUCUACCGCGGCGGUUUAGAGAGGCAGAACUGAACCUCUUUCUGAAUUAUCAUGUGACGGGUUCUGAGUUUAAUGGGGGGGAAAGUGUGGAAAAGGACAAGAAUCCAAACUGGCGAAUUUACUGAUCUUCGCGGCCCUCUCCGCUCUCCGGCCAGCGGCGCUGCCAGAUACUAGAAAUAACCACAUUAAGUGGAAACUAUGUUAAGCAAAUUUUGGAGUGCACACUUAUCCAUUGAGAAGAAAGGAAAAUAGCAAGGAAAUAUGGCUGAUUAGAUUAAUGAAGAUGUAAAUGUCAAGCUGGGGUCCUGUGUCACUGAUGUAGGGCAUAUUUUCCUUUUUUCAACCCUGCAACAGCCUCUUUAAACUGUUUAAAUGAGAAUGUCCUUGGCUCAGAGAGUACUGCUUACCUGGCUCUUCACCUUACUCUUCUUGAUCAUGUUGGUGUUGAAACUGGAUGAGAAGGCACCUUGGAACUGGUUCCUCAUAUUUAUUCCUGUCUGGAUAUUUGACACUAUCCUCCUUGUCAUGUUGAUUGUGAAAAUGGCUGGGCGCUGUAAGUCUGGCUUUGACCCUCGACAUGGAUCACACAAUAUUAAAAAAAAAGCCUGGUACCUCAUUGCGAUGUUACUUAAAUUAGCCUUCUGCCUGGCACUCUGUGCUAAACUGGAACAGUUUACUACAAUGAAUCUGUCUUAUGUUUUUAUUCCCUUAUGGGCCUUACUGGCUGGGGCUUUAACAGAACUUGGAUAUAAUGUCUUUUUUGUGAGAGACUGACUUCUAAGAACAUCAUCUCAUUUCUAUUGCUGUUCAACAACCUUUAAAGUGUUCUGAAUCUUUGCAAGCUUCAAUACCAGAGAACUGAGGGAAAAUACCAAAUGUAAUUUUGUACUGCUUCUAUAAAACAGGAUUGAUGAAUCAUGGACUUCUAGUUAACCCAAAACUGAAGUAUUCAAUAUUUGAGUUGUUGAUAUCCUUAUUAUCACUAUGUAAAUAAAGUUUGUUUUUGACCUCAUUUU